AUGUCUCAAUUCCGGCUCUGGGCCGCCCUGGCCCUACUGGGGCUCAUUACUAUUUCUGUCAUGGCUGACGGCGUCUGCGUGAACUUGGGUGCACGGCUGCCAAUGAAGCAGGCUGUCUAUGUGUAUCACAAGGCUUUGUCGACCUCGUCGCUGAGUGCUCCGUCAGGAGCUGCGCCGCCAAUGUCGAUGAAAUCAGACAAGGGCCAAGCCGAUAAAUUGCCCGCUGCGCGUGUCUCUGCGUCCCCAUCUUCCCCAGCAUCGACGUCAGCCUCAACAAGCCAACCCGCGGCAAGCACGCCACCACCUUCGUCAUCUUCGACUGUAUCACCAUCGCCAACGUCGGCAUCGCCAAGCCUUACAUCGAGGCCUGCAUCCACUCCUCCUGCAUUAUCCACGUCAACAACUUCAACUACUCCAAGUACUUCAGCCGCCCCAGUUACCACAGCCACAAGUAGCACAAUAUCUUCCGGUGCUACUACAACCGGCCGCUCGAGUACUUCGACAAGCGCUGCUAGUGAGACCUCCCCGACAUCUUCACCUGUUCCUUCCUCUGGUAUUACAUCCGGCGCAGCAGCUGGAAUCGGCAUCGGUGUUGCGAUUGUUGUUGUGGCUGUUGCUGUUAUAGCUUUCUGCUUGCUCAGGAACCGAAAGAAGCAGGCUGCGCCCCGACACUCGAUAGAAAUCUCCAAACCGCUCCCCGGUUCAGGACCUACAUACCCCACGCGCGAUGAGCGGGAUAGGGACCGGGAUUCGUACGACAAGUACGGGCAUGACAUCGAGAUGACAUCCCAUCGGUACGAGGACAUGAUUCCAAGCCAGCAACCACGAAACAUGGUGUGA